AUGAAGCAAACCAUGCUGCUGUGGCUGAUCUUCACGAUCACGCCCCUGAGCCUGGCAAUGAAGACGGUUCCUUCAACGCUCGAAGCCCCUCAAAGAGCCAAGACCGUCACAGAGGAGAGCAUCACAGGCCAGUCGGAGGAGGAGCUCAAGGAGGAGAAGGUUCCGAAGCAGAACAAGGAGACGGGCAUGAAGUCGGAGGACCAUGGCUUUAAAGGCUUGGCCGAAAACUUGGAGUUCCUGCUGAUCAAGGUCGCCGAGCUCGAAACGGUCGUGGAGCUCCAGCAGAUCGAGCUCAACGACUUAAGGAAGGCGGAUCAGGACGGGUUGUCAUUGCUGGCGAAGAAAAGGAGGCAGCAAGAAGGCGAGAAACGGGCAAACAUCAUCUUCAAGAGAGUGCUUGAGAAGCAUCGCCGGCAACGGGAGAACAAACCGGAGUCUGAAAACACGAUCUUGCUGGAAGGCCAAGCCAAGCACGAGAUUCGGAAGGAGCUCGGCAAUGCUACCGUGUCGGGUGGUGAAAACGAGAAGCUAGUUGAUGCUGGCACCAGCGCUUUCGACUUGGUGGCAAGAUCGGUUAAGGAGGUCAAAGACACCGUAAAACGGAUCGGCUGCAGCUUUCCAGCAAUCGGUGCUCGGUUGGAUCCGUGGUGGGGAUUGCGAAUCUUGAAUCCUUCGAUCUCAUGCGGCUUCAAGCUUAUGGGGCAUACGGUAAAUCUCUUCAGCGCCGGCACCAGAUGGAUGAUAGCAAAGGGCACCCAGCUUCUUGGGAGUUUGUCCCACCAGCUCUCGGGUUGCUCAAACGUGCUGCAGUGCAUUGCCGAGAAGGUGCUUAAUGGCGACUUGCUAGACAAGAUGCAGUGGUCCAGCGUGCAAAAGCUUGGCGACUGGAUCACGAAGCCCGCGGAAGGAGGGGCGCUCCGUGGCCUGCCCAAAUUGGUGAACCUGGGCAGACUGGGCGGACAGCUCUCCGACUGCAGCACAAACAUUGUCGAGUGUAUCGCAGGAAAGGUCCUCAAUGGUGGCUUGCUACAAAUGGAUUGGUCCAGCGUGCGACAACUCGGCGGAUAUCUCACAGACCAAGCAAGAGGCCUGCCCCAAUUGGCAAAAGCAGGCAUGCUGGGCGGCGAGCUUGGGGACUGCGGCACGAAUGUGCUGCAGUGCAUUGCCAAGGAGGUGCUGAAUGGCGACUUGCUAAACCAGAUGGGCUGGUCCAGUGUGCGACAACUCGGCGGAUAUCUCACAGACCAAGCAGGAGGCCUGCCCCAAUUGGCGAAAGCAGGCAUGCUGGGCGGUGAGCUUGGGAACUGCGGCACAAAUGUGCUUCAGUGCAUUGCCAAGGAAGUGCUGAAUGGCGACUUGCUACGCCAAAUGGAUUGGUCCAGUGUGCGACAACUAGGCGGAUAUCUCACGACGCCUGCGGAGGGCUCUCAGCUUUUUGGCCUACCCCAAUUGGUGACCGCAGGUACGCUGGGCGGUGAGCUUGAGGGCUGCGCCAACAUGGUCGAGUGUAUCGCAGGAAAGGUCCUCAAUGACCAGCUACACAAGAUCGAGUGGCCCAAAGUGCAGCAACUCGGCACGUAUCUCGUCGACCAGAGAUCAGGGAAGGGCCUACCACAAUUGGCGAACGCAGGCAUGCUAGGCGGUGAGCUUGAGGGCUGCACAAACAUGGUCGAGUGUAUCGCAGGAAAGGUCCUCAAUGACCAGCUACACAAGAUCGAGUGGCCCAAAGUGCAGCAACUCGGCACAUAUCUCGUCGACCAGAGAUCAGGGAAGGGCCUACCACAAUUGGCGAACGCAGGCAUGCUAGGCGGUGAGCUUGAGGGCUGCGCCAACAUGGUCGAGUGUAUCGCAGGAAAGGUCCUCAAUGACCAGCUACACAAGAUCGAGUGGCCCAAAGUGCAACAACUCGGCACAUAUCUCGUCGACCAGAGAUCAGGGAAGGGCCUACCACAAUUGGCGAACGCAGGCAUGCUGGGCGGCGAGCUUGAGGGCUGCACAAACAUGGUCGAGUGUAUCGCAGGAAAGGUCCUCAAUGACCAGCUACACAAGAUCGAGUGGCCCAAAGUGCAACAACUCGGCACAUAUCUCGUAGACCGGAGAUCAGGGAAGGGCCAUCCACAAUUGGCGAACGCAGGCCUGCUGGGCGGUGAGCUCGAGGGCUGCACAGAAAUGGUGGAGUGCCUCGGCGGAAAGAUCAUCGACCAGGUGCCCCCCUUGAACCACCUCAGCCGCAUGGGCGACAUUCUGGCUGAUGUCCUGGAGGGAUUCGCGAAGGUAGCAGCCACGGUGGCGGGACAGGUGCUGAAGGGCGGCGGCUCCUUAAUCCAACAGGCAGCACUCUCGAAGUUCCCACCCCCCGGCGCCCCGCCUGUGGUGCACAAUUCCGGCAGCCUCGUCAUCAAGACCCAUUCCCAGCAGCACAAACCGAAGUUCUCGGCCCUGCAGACGGAGGUCACGGACGAUGGGCCCACCUUUAACUUUCACAAGGAGGCGAACAGCUACGUGUCCAAGCUGAUCACGCAGUUCAACGGCUACGAGACUGACACGAGCUCCUGCCUGGCCUUCGCCCCUAAGAACAAGACCGGGGCCCAGUCCGGGACUCACUCCCAGGCUACUGCAACCGACUGGCAGGUUCAGGACGAGGGCGACUUCGUGGCGCUGGAGCCUUGGGCCGUGCCCUGUGGAAACGAUUGGAUGAAGAAGAACUGGGACAAGUGGCAAGGCUACGCGUUUUACACGAGCGAAAAGGCCAUCGAGAGCUGCGUGACGGUGUCAUAUGGCAUCAGUGUCCAGCCGGUGGUGGCCUUCGUCGGUGGUGUGCAGUUCGAUGUCAUGCCCUCGCCGCUGGCAUCGAUAGAGACCACCGUGUGCUGGCCAACCGGCCGUGACGACUUGAGCUUGUUGCGCACAGAAAUCAAGUCUAGCGGCAUGCUCCUUUUCAGCCGGUCUCUCCGCCUCAGCAAGCGCUUCGGAAGCAACACGGACUUCGUGCCGGAGCACGUUCACGGCGCCACCUCAACGUGGCUGAAUGCCCAAAACCGUUUCAAGUCAAUCUCCAGGACGAAGCUCCUCCAGAUGGGCAGAGGCCGACGCCAGGCCCGGGACCAGUCUGACAAGGCUGAAGGGCAAGGGCGGAUGGAGUCCGAGGACCAGGCUCCGGAGGUGCUGGAGUGGAUGCAGGAGGAUGAGAUCUACUUGGCUUCCGCUAGCUACUCGCAAGACUUGGGGAUCAACUUGACGUCGGAACUGCGUGGCUCAGCCGCCACCCGUCGCCUGAGCCUUGCCGCGGCCGAGACGCAGGGAGUCUUCGAGCUCUUUAGCUUCCAGCACCCCGGGGAUCUGGUGAACUUCAAGCUCCAGGCCUUCCUGAAUGGGAACAUCGUGGAGCUGGGUGCUCGGAUGGGUUUUGCAGACUUCCGGUCCUCAGAGAAGAGGUUCAAGCUCGUGGACAUUGCGGACCAAUUCGCUGUGGUGUUGUUUGCCAUCCCCUUUGUGUCCCAAGCCAGCAAAGACAAGGCGCUCGAGGCCUUGAGGGACUGGGCAAAGAAGGACGUGCCACCGGCGCCGCCCUUCGCGCCAAAACCCGGCUUGAGCGUUGCCCUUCACAACCAUCACUACAACCAGUACCUGAACAUGGCAUCCGAUGGCAAAGUGCACUCCAGUGCCACCCAUGACUUUCAGGAAGGCCUUCCUGGUGACUGGGUCUCGGAGCGUUGGACAGUGGUGGAUGCCGGCCACGGCUCGUUUGGGCUGCAUAACCAGGCAACGAACAGCAUCCUUUGCCAUGACGACGGAAACCUUUAUGGAAAAGCUUCCUCUGCCAGCGCCUUCAAUGACUGGCAAGAAUGCCGCUGGACACUGCGGCGGGGGGAAGGAUACUAUGGACUCAUGAGUGAUCAUACGAAAAGGUUCGUUUCCCUGGGGGACGACCACAAGGGCUACACGUGCCGGCCAAUGCGCGAGGAUGAGGAGUUUGACUCCGCUUGGUUUCGCCAGCAGUGGCAAUUUCAGGAGCUCCGCCCCUACCUGAAGCCAGGAAUGCUCGUGGGGCUCUACAGCCCAGGCUUCAAAGCUUGGCUUCGCAUGUCGCCCUCACAGAUGGACAAUCCAAGCUGGGAGCAGUGGACCCCGAGCAACUUCCAUGAUAAUCCUGAUCACUGGAACCGGGAGACGUACCGGGUGGUGGAUGCUGGGAACGGCGAGAUUGCCUUGUACAGCCCCUGGUACGGCCGCUACGUGGGUUUGAAGGACGACGGAGCGGUGAUUGUCAGCGACAAGGCGGAUCAGCUCCCUGCGGACUGGACUUGGGCGAGGUUCGCGGUGAUGCCGGCAGGCAGUGGCCUGAUUGCCUUGCACUGCACAGCAAACCAACGCAUGUUGCGUGCCAAGGGGCCUACUGAAGGCAUCGACGCCAGCGACCCGGUAAAGUCGGCGGCCAUCCUUCCUGGUAGCUGGUGGUGGCACAAGUGGCAAGUUGUCGAACCACCCAGCGCCCCCAUGCCUACCAUGCCCUCUGCUCCCGAGGGCUGGACUUUCUCUGCACGCUGA